GUUGACAUGUUUUAAUCAUGUGCCGAUGCACUGCGGGCUAGGGUCGCCGCGAAAACCCGGAACGUGGAUUCCGAUUCCGUUUUCUUAUAGCAAGCGAACGGAAACACGAAACGCAGCGUCUACAUUGCGUUAAAAAACAUAGUGAAAGAUUGACAAAAUGUAUAAACACAGUACACUUCGAUCCCGUUUGUGAGAGAAUCUCAACACACAGACUCCCGAUCCCGCCGGGCUGCGGUACAGCGUGCUCUGCCCUACUUUUUAAUCGCUGGUAGUAUUAGGGAGGAGUAGCGCUCACGAGGGCGGACCUUGCACGGUAUGUCUUUAGACUUGUUGUGUUUUCUGUUACUCCAAUCGCCAUCUUGUUGCCAGUGAAGUAAUGUGUUUCUGAUGUAUUUCGGGAGCGCUCUGGAUGUCUCAUGACUGUCUUUGGAAGCCAGUGGAUCUUACUGUGAAUAGUCAACCACACAUAUCCGUUCCGGGGUUUGCAUAUAUUUUGACCAGGAGCGCGCUGUGGCGGUGUUUAAGAUGAGUAUCGAUACUCUGUUGGAAGCGGCCAGGUAUUUGGAGUGGCAAGCCCAGCAACAACAGAUUACACGUGAGCAAGAGGAGCGCCGAGAGAAGGCCCUGCUGUCCCGAGAGGCCGAGCAGAAGCUCUCAGCCCCCGUCAUCCAACCUGUCCAAGUCAACCACGUGACAUGGGUGGAAGACUCGCGGCUCGAGGCCCACCGCCAUCACCAGCACCACCCUCCGGUGAUCCCGCCCCCUCCCCUCCCACCACCCGUUCCCAUUACUGUCAUCCCCAUCCCGUUGGUCCCUGCCAACCCCGCGGCACCUCCCCUUCAGACCGCCACCCCCCUUCCGGUGGUCACGCCUUUAGCCGCGGCCCUGUCUCCACCAGCAGCCCCUCUCCUCAGCCCCAGUUGUAAAGACACUAGCUCACCUUUGCACCAGCAGCAACAUCGUCACUUAAUUGCGCACAUAAAAGCGGAAGUCAGCAGUUUGCCUCAGUCCAACAACAGUCCAAAACAGACGCCGGCGCUGCUUCAACCGUAUCCAGCCCCCAUCAUCACUGCUCAACAUCCACCGCAGCAACUCGCCCUCCUGCCACAGCCGGCUCUACCCCAACCUCAGCCAACACUGGGUCAGCUGCAGACAAACCAGGUGGCCAGGCCUAACGGAGCCGCUAUGGAUGAUGGGAAGAGGAGACCAGGAGGGGCUGGGACACGAGAAGUUCACAACAAGCUGGAAAAGAACAGACGAGCUCAUCUUAAAGAAUGUUUCGAUACCCUCAAGAGGAACGUUCCUAAUGUAGACGAAAAGAAAACCUCAAAUCUGAGUGUGCUGAGGAGCGCUCUCCGCUACAUACAGACGUUAAAACGAAAAGAAAAGGAGUAUGAGCACGAUAUGGAGCGUUUGGCGCGAGAGAAGAUCGCCACCCAGCAGAGACUUGCUGAGCUGAAGAACGAGUUGAGUCAGUGUAUGGACAUCAUGGAGAUCGACAGGAUCCUCAGACAGACAGUCCAGCCAGAAGAUGACCAGGCCUCUACAUCAACGGCAUCAGGUACAGAAGGUGAAGACAACUUUGACCAAGACAUAGAGGAAGACGUCCUCUUGUCUCCGCCACCCAAACCCCCUGCGCCAUUGCCACCCGAGCCCCGUGCCACUAUGCCUCUGUCCGCCAUCCUCUCUACGCACAUCUCCAUCCAACACAAACCCACCCCCCAACCCGCUGCUCCAUCCACGCAGCCUCAGCCCGCCGUGGUCAUGCCUCAGGCCAUCGCUCCUGCACCCCCACCCCACAUGCUCACCCCUACUCAGCCGACAGUCAUCACUCAUGCGUCUGUAUCCCACGCUUCUGUCAUCCAAGCCGUGAACCACGUCAUUCCAGCUGGGCCUAAACACUUGGCGCACAUUGUGCCCUCUAAUGGCGGCCAGCCUAUCGGACACAUCACCGUGCACCCAGUAACCCACCUCCCCACUGCCAUUUACCCACAGUCAGUGGCCGUCACGCAGCCAACAAUGGUGGGGCACAUCACGCACACACUGGCACACCACCCUCAAACUCAUGCCCAGGUCAACGGCACACCGGUCGGGGCCCAACAGGGGGCCAUGGUGGGGAAGCCCACAGCGGUGGUCGCCCAUCAUCACGCCGGGCUGGUCGGCCAAGCGGUUCUCAACCCAGUGACUAUGGUAACUGUACCCCCCUUUCCCGUCAGCACGCUAAAGCUGGCCUGAAAGAAGCAGAAUGACUUUGGGGCCGAAUGAAAGGAGCUCUCUGUCACCAGAGACGGAAGAUGAAACACGCAAGCUGGAUGAUGAGUGACUAGAUCCCAGUUUCACUACUGUUGAUUCACUAUCGGCGGGGUUUCAUCAGGACCGGAUGAGGGCCUUGCGUGCCAUGGAAUGGUAUACGUGUAAUGCACUUGCUUAACUAAAUUAUAAGACAGUGAGUGUCAGUUUUUAUUCACGUGAGAUGGGAGUGCUAAAAACAAAUCAAUCCUCUUCUCCUUCCCUCUAUAUUUCAUGCUAUCCUUUUUCUGUUUGCUCUGAUAUACAAGUCUGCCAUGACCUUGUGUUUUACAUCCAUUCACCAAAAAUCCACAAAACUCAAUGUUAAUCAAAACCUAGAGUGCUCAAACAGGCCCAAAAGUAUUGAAAGCAUGCAAAGAAAACGUAACCGGGUACAUUUUUAACAAGGACUUUUACAACUGUCUUGAAAAACAGAUCAGGUCACUGGGAAGUGUCCUGUGAGGAUAUGCAAGUGCCUAAAGCCCCAAAUCAAGUCCAAUGGCGCCACCUGCUGCCUACGCGAUGAAACGACAUUGCUGUGUUUAUAUAAGCUAAUACGGUCGAGUGGUCGAAUUGAUAUCAAAGUAUCGCGAGAGAAAUUCGAAAAUAUACCUCUGGACUACCUAUCGCGAUACUGUAAUGUUAAACGCCAUUCGGUCUGCGCAUCGCCGCGUGAAGUCUAAAGUGAGUCACAAAGUCUUAAAAUGUCGAUGAAGAACUGCAACGAACUAAUCAAAACACAAGUUCUCUGUUUCAAUAGACAUGUAUGACUACGUUCAGGCACAUAAGCUCUAAGUGCUCAAAAUGUCUAACAUGAAACUACCUAAUGCGCUAUUACUUCAGAUAAUGAUAAAUGAUGUCGGGCAUUAUCAGAAUCGUAGCACGCUGCAAAAACCGUCAAAUGAAGUCUUGGAAGAAAGCAGCUACGCGCACAGCAUCUAAUGCGCGCACACGUGUCCGCACUGUGUUCAUUGCAUUGCACAGUCAUCUCCAUUUGUCGUUUUUUUAUUUUGAUGCGCUGUUGUGUUGUAGGUGGCUCGUGUAUGGCAUUUGGCUUUAAGAGGUUAUAAACUAUUGCAUUGACUCCGUUUCCAGGAUUAAAGGCCAUUUGUCUCUAGCAGUCAGAGAUGCCCUGUUAACACCUUUGCUUGAUAAAAUCGUUGGCUUGGUUUAACCUGCACAAACUUUUCUCUCUAACUCUUUCCUGUCAAAAUCCGAUGGUUUACUGCUGAGGCUUUGGCUAAGUUUCUGAAUUGUUGCUUUAUAUACGGUCACUUUCAAACUGAACACUGUGAUUUCUGCUCAUCAUCACCAUGCUACAAAACCCCCAAACUUGGCAUUUUCACCCAUUUUCUUUUUAUUUGUUCUCCCUCUUCUUCUUUUGGGGAUGUGAAGGUGAAAAGAUACUGUGCUUCACAGACUCACUUAAAAUACCAACAAAAAUAGCCACACUUUUGUGAAAUGAGUGAUUUUCCUCUAUUUUUUUAUAUAUAUAUGUGAAUGAAUGUAUGUGUAUAUGUGAGGUAUAUGCACGCAUUCACAUAUGCGUGUAUGUAUUUUAGGAUUAUACUGAUGCCUGGUUUUGCAUGUAGAUCGCAUUUUUUUGUUUGGUUGGUUUAAAUGUUAAUCCCUCCUUUCAUUUUAUUUCUGGGACCAUGUAUCAUACUGUAUGAUGUGGGCGGGACCGUUAGACCUCAUUCUACAUUGAUAUUACAUAUAAAUAUAUGAAAACUGUGCAUUUUCCCUAUGGAGAAAGUUUAAGUUAUAUAUCGCCUGUACAUUUUGGGCUGCAUUAGGAUCGAAUUGUCCACCAUGUUUAACUGAAAUAAUAGUAAUAAAACUUAUAAAAUAUUGCUAGAUUACUACAAAAACAUAAUGACGAUUCAUAAUAAAUCUAAUGACAUUUACAAGUCA